CCAGAGUGAAAAACCUACAUUGAGGUCAGUUCUUUUUGUCCCUGCAAGACACCCUGCUCAGCUGUUUAGCGAUGGCAAAUCUGCUCCUGGGAGCACUGGGAGUCCUUCUCUGCUCUCUGGUUGUCUCGACGGAGGUCACUCCCCAAGGAGACUUCAACGUGCAACGGAUGGCUGGGAAGUGGUAUCUGAUUGGCUUCGCCACUGAUGCCCAGUGGUUUGUGAACCACAGGAGUAGCAUGAAGAUGGGCACCGCCAUUCUGACACCCACUGCCAACGGGGACUUAGACAUGGCGUACGCCAGCCUGAAUUCUGACGGCUCUUGCUGGAGAAUGUCCCACUUGGCUCAGAAAACGGACGUGAGUGGAAAGUUCAUCUUCAAGAGCGAACGCUGGAAUAAUGAAAACGACAUGCGUGUGGUUGAUGUGAAGUACGAUGAGUACGCCCUCAUCCACACUAUCAAGACCAAGGGGGGCGUUACUACCACUCUCAAUAAACUCUACGGCCGUGGGACUGACUUGAGCCCAGACCUGUUGGAUAAGUUCAGGCAGUUCUCCGUGGAAGUUGGAAUCCUGCCAGAGAACAUCGCUAUCCUCCCCAAAAAUGAUGAGUGUAGUGCCUGAAUGCAACCCACAAACAGCAGUCUCUUGAUGGCCCUGGCGACACGGUGGUAAAAAGGCCAAGACGAGGCCUGUGUGCGCCCAAAUUCUUUUGACAAAUACCACAUGGAUGCUGCUGACCUUCUACCUUCCCGGAUUUGUAACAAUAGAAGUUCCAAUAAAAUAUUCUCCAGUAA